AUGCAGCAUCCCAGAGGCGCGCUUUUGCUGUUGACCGCCCCGUUUCGUUGUACGUUCAGGCGUGGCAGAAUCGGUCUCAUCCAGCUGUUGCUGGCUGUCAGCACGUGCUACGUCCUCGGCUUCUUCCUCUUGCCUCCUCUGAGGAAAAGUCUAAUCAGCGACGUCUCACCUACCUCCCCCUGCUCAUCGCCAUCCACCACAAUGCGAGAUUGCCGUAACGAAGAGUUCAGCUUUUCGCUGACCGCUGACCUUGUCGACCUGCUGACCGUCAAAAGUCGCCUACAGCUGGAAUCCGUAACGCAAGUCGACGCGUCAUUGUCAUGGCUAGCCUUAAUCGCUGUUUUAAAGGCUCUGAACCUGACGGUGACCAGCGUUGAUAACUUCGACCUAUCCGUUGAUGGUACGGUAGACCUAUCGCCAUUCACGAUGCAGCGAAACGUUCCGUCGCAGCUGAUUCUACGUCGGCAGAAGCUGAACUCCGUCGAAGUGGGUCAUCUGCUACCGAAUUGUGGCAUGAAGACGCACUGCCCUCACGCAUCUGUGACAGUCGUAAUCGAUAGUGGCCAGUCAUCGAAUAACGACGUUUCCAUCUGCAUCAACGAGCACAUGUAA